AUGCAAACAACUACUUUCGAUCCCAACUUUUCGAUUUUUGACAAAAAGUUCGUUCCUGUAUGUACCCAAUCUAUUGAUAUGGAACCAUUAGAGGGUGAUCAAUUCUGGCCAACACAGCAUAAAUCGCCCAAUAAGUUGAAAAAAAUUAUCUCAAAGACAUUUAAAUCUCUUAAACGCAAAGUACUCCGCAAACCAAGAAAAGUCUCUUUGAUCAAAGAAACCAUGGUUUCUGAAAUUACAUCAUUCACAACUUAUGAAAAUAUAAUUGAAAUUGAUGAAAUUGUUGAAAUUAUUGACAUUUAUUUAUCAAUUCCGGAAUCGUAUCCGGAUAAGGAUGAAUUUGACUCGUCUAAUAUCGUCGAAUAUGAAGCAUCAUCUACAAGUACUUUAGUCGAAAAUGAUGCCAUCGAUCAUUUCGAAAACGAUUUUUACAUAUAUUCAUCAAUUCCAGAAUUGUAUCCGGAUAAGGAUGAAUUUAACUCGUAUAAUAUCGUCGAAUAUGAAGCAUCAUCUUCAUGUACUUUAGCCGAAAAUGAUGCCAUCGAUCAUUUCGAAAACGAUUUUAACAAAUGCAAUCCAAUAGAAACAAAUUAUAUUCCUUAUGAAAGUGUAAAUAGAACGAUCAAAUUGCCGUGCAACAUUUCGGAUUGUGAGUUGAAAACGUUAAUCGAAUUAAAAAUCAUUUAUCCUCUGACCGAUGAUCCCGUUUUU